ACACUCAUGAAAAAAAAUUGGAUUAUUAGAAGAGAGAGGUCUGUGGCUUCCACGCCGUGGUUUUUCUUCUCGGUAUAAAAGCAAAGUUGUUUUUGAUACGUGACAGUUUCCCACAAGCCAGGCUGAUCCUUUUCUGUCAGUCCACUUCACCAAGCCUGCCCUCAGACAAGGACCCAAUGCCCAACUCCAGGCCAGCCAAGCCUCUGGCCCCUUCCUUGGCCCUCAGCCCAUCACCAGGAGCCUCACCCAGCUGGAGAGCUAUGCCAAAGCCCUCAGACCUGCUGGGGGCCAGGAGCCCAGGGGGAACCUUCCAGGGCCGAGACCUCCGAGGCCAGGCCCAUACCUCCUCCUCAGCCUUGAACCCCAUGCCACCAUCGCAGCUGCAGCUGCCCACAGUCCCCCUAGUCAUGGUGUCACCCUCUGGGGCACGACUGGGCCCCCUGCCCCAUUUGCAGGCACUCCUUCAGGACCGACCACACAUUAUGCACCAGCUCUCAACAGUGGAUGCCCACACCCGGACCCCUGUGCUGCAGGUGCACCCGCUGGACAGCCCAGCCAUGAUCAGCCUCCCACCACCCCCUGCCACCACUGGGGUCUUCUCCCUCAAGGCCCGGCCUGGCCUGCCACCUGGGAUCAAUGUCGCCAGCCUGGAGUGGGUGUCCAAGGAACCAGCACUGCUCUGCACCUUCCCAAGCCCUAGUGUACCCAGAAAGGACAGCACCCUUUCGGCCGCACCCCAAAGCUCCUACCCACUGCUGGCAAAUGGCGUCUGCAAGUGGCCUGGAUGUGAAAAGGUCUUUGAAGAGCCAGAGGACUUCCUCAAGCACUGCCAGGCGGACCAUCUCUUGGAUGAGAAGGGCAGAGCACAGUGUCUCCUCCAGACAGAGGUGGUACAAUCACUGGAGCAGAAGCUGGUGCUGGAGAAAGAGAAGCUGGGUGCUAUGCAGGCCCACCUGGCCGGGAAAAUGGCACUGACCAAGGCACCAUCUGUGACAUCAUCUGACAAGGGCUCCUGCUGUCUUGUAGCUGCUGGCACCCAGGGCAGCGUUGUUCCAACCUGGCCCAGCCCCCGAGAGGCCUCUGACAGCCUGUUUGCUGUGCGCAGGCACCUGUGGGGCAGCCAUGGAAACAGCACAUUCCCAGACUUCUUCCACAACAUGGACUACUUCAAGUUCCACAACAUGCGGCCCCCUUUCACCUAUGCCACCCUCAUCCGCUGGGCCAUCUUGGAGGCUCCUGAGAAGCAGCGGACACUCAAUGAGAUCUACCGCUGGUUCACACGUAUGUUUGCCUACUUCAGAAACCACCCUGCCACCUGGAAGAAUGCCAUCCGCCACAACCUGAGCCUGCACAAGUGCUUUGUGCGGGUGGAGAGCGAGAAGGGGGCUGUGUGGACCGUGGAUGAAUUCGAGUUCCGAAAGAAAAGGAGCCAGAGGCCCAGCAGGUGUUCCAACCCUACACCCGGCCCCUGAGUGCAAGACCAAGGAAACAAAGGAAGGAAGGACAGGCCAAGAUGGGGGCAGAGGUGGAUGGUAGCAGGGAUGACAGAUCAUGGACAUACCCAUAGGAAGUGUCCACUGUCUUGCCUGCCAGGGCCCUGCUCCCCAGCCAACAGCCCUCCUGGAUCAUACCUCUGCCCCCAGGUUUCUCGGAGGGGUCCCAUUUCCAGCCCUAGCCCCCACCUUCACCCUGCCCUGCCCUACCCCUGAUGGGACCUCCAGCCAAAAGGAGCCUUCACAAUCAGCCACAUACACAGCCUGUCUCAGCCACUCUCAUAGAUGAUCUCAGGGCUGGAAAAGUCACACAGAUAAACAGACUGUUAGAAUCCUGGUCCCUGGUCAUAACACAAACCCCCAAAUACAGAGAGCCUGCCUCAGUACAUUCAAAUGACCUCAAAGCUGCACAGUCACAUAAACAAGCACACAUGAGCACAGUCCUGUCAACUCUCAUACCCCAAAGCACAUACCCACAGCCAGCCUUGUGGGUCAUAGGCAGUGUCACAUAGGGGUGUGCCCAGACACCAGCACUGAAGCAUCAGUACCCUCAGGAUUUCAGGUCCCAGAAAGCCACACAGACAUAAUUGCUCAUACAGGGUCUCAUGCAGCUCAUCUGCAUUCAUCCUCAUCUCACACUUAUACACACACCCCGUCCCCCAGUGGAUCCCCCAAGUCCCAUGCAGACACAUAC